CUACGCUAUUCUUCCCCUUUUUGACGACGACGACGACCACGAACUACACGAUUGCACCCAACCACGAUCAUUCCUUUUUCCUUAACGUAACUGUUAGAACGAAGACGAGGCCAUAGAGCGGCAGGAGGGGCCGGGGGAGCCGACGAUGCGCACGCGACUGGCUACCUAUGCUUCACGACGUGUCGGGAGACGUGGAAGACUCUCCCCUCGCUUGUUGUUGCUGUUGGGGGUUCUCCCUGAUUGGAAGAUCAGCAUUGAAUUCCAGGGCGAACGGCAAGUCGCGAUUUGUCGAGAGGGCUCGGGUGCUCCUUUAUAUGGAGGAGGCGCCGAGGUCUGCGCAGGGCAGGGCAGGUCGCGUGCUUGCCACGUUUUUUUGGUUGUAUACCUGACAGUCAGUCAUAGCUCCGGUCAAAGAACGACCAUAAUGGCAUCUGGAUUCGUCGCAGGGGAAGAAGAUCCCGACUUUGCCCAUGGCAUGGUUCGAUGUUUCUGCACGUGCAGACCGGGGGCCCACCCGGAGCGUCGCCUACAUCAUGCCAGGUUGUUUGGACAGGCAAGGUUUCAGUCGGAUCUCGCCGCGAUCUUCUUGGACCUUACUUUGGGCCUUUCCAUGCCAUCAACAAGUGGCGUGAUGUUUGGUAUGUGAUGACUGAUGGCCCCGGCCCUGCCGCAAAGCAAAGGCGUAGCGACGAUUCGCCGGGUGAGGAAGGGCGCGCCUUGCGGAAUAGUCUCGAGCGAGUGGUGUCAUCUGCCUUGAAGGCAUGAUAAUGGCAUAUAGAUGGAUUUGGUAUAU